AAAGCUAGUCACAUGUUGACUCAUAAAGCAGUGACUGAGAGAAUACAAGGACUCAAAGACGAGAUGUCUUCCUUGCAUUCCCAAGUGGAGUCGAUGCAGUCAAGAUAUAAAGGCAAUAAAAAGACAAGGAGGAAGAGAAAAGACCAACUCGAAACUAGAGAUUUAGAAACAAAAAUUAAAAAUAAAAGCAGUUAUGUUAAAAAGGAAAUGGAUAAAAUCAUCGAGGCAUGUAGGAAGAGUAUCGACCAACUCAAUCAUGAUAUUCAGACUAAGCAGGAAUCAUUGCAGCAGUUAAAUAUUGAUUCCCCUGUCUCCACUAGAAAGCUCAAAAAUACUAGAUUGAGGCAAUCAAGGGACCCUAACGAUCUCCCACUGAGAGAUAAAAAUGGAAGGUUCGUUUCAAAUAAAAAUUCAAGAGACUUAAGGACCAAAUCUCGGUCUGCAAAGACCUUCCCUAAAACUACCGGAAUUGCAACUAGGUUAAGGAAGCGUCCUCAAGAGAAUUCAUCAAAGAGAGUGCCAUCUAACACCCACAAGAGGGUUACAAGGCAGAUGAUUAAAUUUAAUUCCACCAAUUCGAACUCCAAUAGGUCAACCAAGCAUGAAGAGGAGAAGUUGGGUAAAUAAAAGGCAUGCAAAGUCAAUAGAAAAAGACAUCUCAGCUAUUAAAAACAACGAUUUGCAUCAAAACAUACUGGACCAGGAACUUUUGGAGCGAAAAUUUUACCUCAAAUAGCAAACGAGUCCCCAUUUAUCAAGAAUACGACGACUUCCUCAAGAAGCGGAGAAGAGACAGAAGAGCCGAGUUCCCUAGACACAGAAGAGAGCCCGGAGAAGAACUGCUUACUUCCAAAAGCCACAAGGCUCUGCUCAAGUACUUCGGAGCGCCGGUCGAAGACACUUUCUGAUAUUGCAACACAGGGAGUUACGAUGAAAUGAUUGCGUGCGACAACCCUAAGUGACCGAUCGAGUGGUUCCACUUCGCAUGAGUGGGACUGGAGACGCGUCCAACCACGCUUUGGUUCUGAGACAACUGCUCUGGAACCAACAAGUAAGACAACAUGAAUGUAAGAUAUUUGAGAGGGGGUUAACACAUGCAAGCAGAGAAAGAAACUAGCAAGAUUUAUUCAAUCAUUUUCC